CCACCAAACUUUCUUGAACUUUUUUGAAAGCAGCAUGACGUCGUUUACAGUGGCCAAUUGCGAAACGGCUUUCCUCCUCUCCGGACCAAUAGGAGGCGACGAGGAGUGCCUGUCAGUCACAGGUGAGGGUGGUUGGUGAAAAAAAGUUGGGUGAAAAGGGCCGGAGACUGGAGCGAGCCCGGGCUGAUGGCAGAGCUAUGCGGAGGAGCAGCAUCGAGCCUGCGGAUGUAGCAGAAACUUUCCACGGCUUCUCCCGCGGGGAUGCGACCAGGAACCAACACUGGAGGGAAAAAAGUUAAGCGACAGCAGUGCUCCGCGGAGGGAGUAGCUUAAAAUGUGGAUGAACUGACAUUUACUCCACUAUCCGGGCCGGUUAAAUUACUUCACUUGAAGACCGAGCAGACUUUUUUUUUUCUUUUUUUGCUUUUGUGAAAAUGGCCGUUCGUGGCAACUCGUUGAUGCCUUUCUCAAUCCAAGCCAUCCUGAACAAAAAGGACGACAGCCGACACUUGCCAGAUUUGGACAUGUGCUUCUCCAAGACGGCGUGCUGGAAAAUAUUUGGGGAGAUGAACGGCGGCUCGAGGAGAGAUGAUGGGGAGGCUUGCGAGCCGACGGACCAGAAGAGCUACGACUCGGACUCGGGACUCAGCGACGACAACGACGGCAAGACCCCGGCCGCGUGCAAGUCGGAGAAGGACGGAGACCCUGUGUCUGACGUGCCGGAGGAAAGCCUGCAGGAGGAGACGGACCACGAGUCUGCCGCUGCGGAAAACGCAAAGAGCGACAGUGAGCCCAAUAAUGCCACGGACUCCAGCACCCUGGACGAGAAGAGCCUGGACCAACCCAAACAGCGGAAAAAGCGCUCCAGGGCCGCGUUCUCCCAUGCCCAGGUCUUCGAGUUGGAGCGCCGCUUCAACCACCAGCGGUACCUGUCCGGGCCGGAGCGGGCGGACCUGGCGGCCUCCCUGAAGCUCACAGAGACUCAGGUCAAGAUCUGGUUCCAGAACCGGCGGUACAAGACGAAACGCCGCCAGAUGGCUGCCGACCUAAUGGCGUCGACCCCGGCUGCCAAGAAGGUGGCGGUGAAAGUUUUGGUGCGGGACGACCAGAGACAGUACAGCCCGGGAGAGAUCCUGCGGCCCCCGCUGCUCUCCCUGCAGCCGUCCUACUAUUACCCCUACGCCUACUGCCUCCCUGCAUGGACACUCUCUGCAUGCGCGGGGAACCAGUGAGAGCUCAGUGACUGUAUUUAUUCAUUUUUGUUUUAUUAUUAUUAUUAUUUUGCUCCCAGGAAAUCAAACUAACUCAACUUUUUUCUGACAAGAGGAGGAGGCCUGAGGGGAGGAAUCUGCUCAGCGUCUCUGAUUGAACUGCCUCAUCGUGUUUGUCCAGGCCAGACCAGGGGUUCCCUAAUUUUUUUCCCUCCACAUCCUCAAAUACUUAAAAACGACUCCAUCUUUUUUCUUUUUUUAGUAAAAGUCUGUCCCGAGGAACCCCGUUAAAGAAGAUAUCUCUCAUGAUUUAAGGUGUAAAACUAUAACUAUCUGAACUGUGGGGGAGCGGGGAGACUGGACCUCCUUAUAAAAUGUCAGUAUAUUAACCUCUGAGGAGUGACACAGUAAUAACAUUAAAGUAUUACUCUCUUUGGAGCCCCUCAAGGACCUCUGAAUCCGCCCCUCCCGGACCCCACUUUUGGGACCCGGAGGCCUAAACAGACUGAAAAUGUCACCUUAUGUUGGUUUAUAUUUUACAAUGCGCCUUCCUACCUCUGCAGUGAUUGGAAAUAGGCAUAUUCCAUUGACUUUUCAAAUUAACUGUCUCUGUUACAGGUUGUGUUUUUUUCUCUUGCUGUGUUUGUAAAGGUAAGAUUAUUUCAGCACUUUUGAGCAUAUACGUUACAUUAUUUCAAUGUAAGAUGCAUUAUAAUAGUGUGUGUG